CCCCCCCCUCCGCCGCGGGGAGGGGGAUGCGGACGGGGGAAGAUGGCGGCCUCGAACAACCCGCGGAAAUUCAGCGAGAAGAUCGCGCUGCACAACCAGAAGCAGGCGGAGGAGACGGCGGCCUUCGAGGAGGUCAUGAAGGACCUCAGCCUGACCCGCGCGCACCGGUUACAGCUGCAGAAAACCCAAUAUUUGCAACUGGGACAGAGUCGUGGCCAGUACUACGGUGGGUCACUGCCAAAUGUGAAUCAGAUUGGGAACAGUGCCAUGGAUCUCCCCUUCCAGACUCCUUUUCAGUCCUCGGGGCUGGACACAAGCAGAACAACUCGGCACCACGGGCUGGUGGACAGAGUGUAUCGUGACAGAAACCGCCUCGGCUCCCCGCAUCGCCGCCCGCUCUCCGUGGAUAAGCAUGGAAGACAAGUGGACAGCUGUCCGUAUGGCACUGUGUAUCUGUCACCUCCCUCAGACACAAGCUGGAGAAGGACAAAUUCCGAUUCUGCCUUGCACCAGAGCACUAUGACUCCAGCUCAGCAAGAGUCCUUCACAGGAGGGUCACAGGACAUCCAGCAGAAAAGAGUUUUGUUACUGACUGUCCCUGGAAUGGAGGAGACCACCUCUGAGGCAGACAAAACCCUCUCUAAGCAAGGAUGGGACACUAAAAAGACUGGGUCAUCGAGACCUAAAUCAUGUGAAGUUCCAGGAAUCAACAUCUUUCCAUCAGCUGACCAGGAAAACACUACAACACUGAUUCCUGCUACGCAUAACACAGGUGGCUCCCUGCCAGACCUGACAAACAUCCAUUUCCCUUCCCCUCUCCCAACACCGUUAGAUCCUGAGGAAUCCACAUUCCCAGCCCUGAGUAGCUCCAAUAGCACCGGAAAUCUUGCUGCCAAUCUGACUCACUUGGGCAUCAGCACGGCCAGUCAGGGAAUGUCGCCGCCGGCUCCGGCCCCGCAGCACCGCCCGGCCGCCGUCAGCCCCCUCUCCCUGAGCGCCGACUCCCGGCGGCCGCAGUCGCAGCAGAUGUCUCCUACACUGUCCCCUCUGUCACCCAUUACUCAGGCCGUGGCUAUGGAUGCAUUGUCUCUGGAGCAGCAGCUUCCCCCAUAUCCAUUUUUUACCCAGACAACUUCCCAGCAACAGCAGCAGACGCAGGUGGCAAGUACCCUGCCUCAGAACACUCCUUUAAUGCAGACCUCUGGCUUACAGCGAGGAGCACAGCUCCCCCCGCUCUCUGUCACGGUACCUUCUACCAUCCCACAGUCACCUCCGGGUAGCCAGACCCAGCCAUCCAUGGGAAUAGACAUCAACUCGGCUUCACUCCAGCAGUACCGCAGUAAUGCUGGAUCCCCAGCCAACCAGUCUCCCACCUCUCCUGUCUCCAAUCAAGGCUUCUCUCCUGGCAGCUCCCCUCAACAUUCUUCCAUUCUGGGGAGUGUAUUUGGUGACUCCUAUUAUGAUCAGCAGAUGACAGCUAGGCAGGCUAAUGCCCUAUCCCACCAGCUUGAACAGUUUAAUAUGAUCGAAAACGCCAUUAGUUCCAACAGCCUGUAUAGCCCCUGCUCCACCCUCAACUACUCCCAAGCAGCUAUGAUGGGGCUCACCGGCAGCCACGGCAGCCUGCAGGACUCGCAGCAGCUCAAUUACUCCAGCCAUGGAAACAUCCCCAACAUCAUUCUUACAGUGACAGGAGAAUCCCCUCCCAGCUUAUCAAAAGAACUGACCAGCUCGUUGGCAGGAGUGGGAGACGUCAGCUUUGACACGGAUUCCCAGUUCCCUCUGGAUGAACUCAAAAUUGACCCUUUAACCUUGGAUGGACUGCACAUGCUGAAUGACCCAGACAUGGUCCUCACCGACCCCGCCACAGAGGACACGUUCAGGAUGGACCGGCUGUGAAGCGCGGACACCAGGAGCGUGGGAAUGACGCUUGUUCCUGGAGCCCAGCCGAACUGGAGAGGCCAGCGGGUCAGUCGUGUGGGAACAGGAGCUGCUGAGAGCAGCAGCUCUGUCCUGUACAACAUGUACAAUGAGUAAAGCUUGUCGUUCUAAGCUUGCAGCGCUGCAGACCCCUACUCCCUGUCGCGCCGUAUUUCACCCCUUACCCGCUCAUUGCUGUGAAUGAGUAAGGAGUUUCCAUCAGCAGUUUCCUCUCCAGAGCCCCACCCUUUCCCCCACCAAAGCUCCAGCGUUAUGUUGUCCAUUUAUCCUUUGCACUAGAAAAGGGGCAGUUGGGGGCAGGCGAGGAAGGCUCAGAGCCAAGGGUAAAGAGAUUCCUUCUAACGUACCAAGCUGUUGGGAGGGGGAGAAGCGCCGCUGUGCGCCCCCUCCCUCUCCCCACGCUGAUCCCGGGGGAGCUGCAGGGGGUUUGGCUCCGCUUUGUGCCACCCGCUUGGUCGAGUGAGACGUUUCUCCCCUCGUGGCCAGGCCGCCCACGGGUGCAGGUUGGUCCCUGGCUGUCACCCUCCUCCUGUCCUCACGCCCCGAGCAGGACCGAGCCCGGCAGCCCCACGGCCGUUUGCCGCUCACCAGGCAACUGAAAACACUAUUUUCAAAGCUUUUUUUUUUGAUAUAUAUGUAAUAUAUAUAUUUAUAUAUAUGUAUACAUAUAUAAGGAGCAUUUCUGAGCACACACAAAAGUACUAUAAUUCGUUACUUGAUCAGCAUGGAGGAAGGAUCAGAACAUUUUAAAGCAGCUAAAAGAAUCUAGGAGACUAACUUGCAGAGCAUGUUCCUAAUGUUACUUUGUGAGAGAUUCCUGGGCAACAGGAAGGGCAUUUCUGUAGCAAUGCCUGGCUCAAAUCACGACUAUUUCUUAUGGUUUAUUUUUUAUUCUUAUUCAUUACUUAUUCUGUUAUCAUUAUUUAUGAUCUUUUUUGUUUGUUUUGGGUUUUUUUUAUUUAAGUAUUUGGAUAGUAGGAAAGUAGCUAAACUACAUACAGCCAACUGAAGCACUCUACAGCAUCCUUGUACAGUCCAUCUUUUUGUGUUUUUAUUCCAGAAAUAUAUUAUAUAUAUUAUAUAUAUAGGUAUUUUUAACUAACUGGAAUUUUAAACAGAUGUUGAGCAGAAGUAAGGAAGCCUACGGCAAGGCUGGAUGUUUUCCUUUUAUAUAGUCAAAACAGGGUGGCAGGAACCUAGCUAUUCCUUCUCUCACCCUGGGGAAGAACUGGCUUGCUCCGCAGUGCUGUGUCCUCGAGCAGGUGGAGGGUCUGUCGAGUUCAUAACGGAUUAUUUCUGUUGGUCCUUGUUCAUCCUCUGGGCUGCAGUGUCAGGGGCCGGUGAGCGACAGAGGGAGAACCCCAACCCCAACCCACCCCUGGACUCUGCAUCAGGGCUGUCACCUUGGUGUUGGGGGUGAAUUGGUGGCGAGUCCCAGGUCUUGUUCCCACUUUGAAAAACACCUUUAAAGACUCAUGAGGAGUCCAGUGGGCUCAAUGCUGAUUGCCAGGGGCCUGUGGAAGCAUUGGCUUGGUUACGCUGUGUCCUGUGCAGUGCCAGAAUCUGCAGGCACAGGGCCCUCCUCUUUACAGAAGUGAGGGAUUAAUGUUAUUUUGAGUCUAACUAACAAAUUAAAGCUCACGUGGCAUCUAACGCUCUGCCCAUGAGGUGAGGGGAUACCUGCUAGAGCACGGCUCUCCUGCACAGGACGGGGCCAACACCCUCAGCCGUUUGGGUUGCAUACACCCCAAAGAGAAGGGCUGGAUGAGUUUCCCUCUCCAGACGAGCUGUGGGUUGUUGGUUCUCCCCUGGCGCGGUAGUUCCGCACCCGCUCGGGGUCUGCAGCAGCUGGAUUUGCUUUUUGGUCCAAAGCCGUGUCUGUUCUUGUAAGCAAGACCCGUCCCCUCAGCUCUCCCACCCGUCCCCUUCCCCUCGAGCAGGGGUCUCCUCGCUGUUGUCAGUGAGCAGUGGUGAAGGUCUGCGGAGGAGCUGGGCUGCUCCUAAUGAGUUAUAUUGGGUUUCUGUGUGCUUCCAGAAAUGGGUGGGAGCCUGUCCUGAGCGCCAGGCAAAGGCUCUGAGCAGAGGCGCUGUCGGGGUCUAACCUGGGUGCGUGUUUGCUCACGUCCGUGCCAUUAGUUGACCAUUUGCACUAAAAAAAAGAUGUUGUUUUUUUCCUUUCGAGCUCUUUCCUUACGUGUGUCUCUUCUGUUCCUUCCCACCCGCCUGGAAGGUUUUCCUGCAUCUCUGUUGAAAACGUUUGGGGUUGUUAUGUCAGGAUUUAAGCCCGGUAGUACAUGUUAACUCCUGGUGUCUGCUUAUUUCAGAUUGCUAAUGCUUUCUUAAUUUAAGGAGGAGAAACAAAAAGGUAGCUUUGAACAGGAGGAUCCCCUAAAAGACCAGGAUAAUUUGGGCACGGGUGACUCGGAGUCCUCGGCUGUGGAACAGCCGAAGGUGCAGCGUGAGUUGGAUCCGCUUCCCGCAGUUCCCGUCGCUCCUCGGCGGCGUUCCCGUGUUGCGCUCGCGUUCCGAUGACUCUCCUGCAUGGAAAUGCUCGUUUGUGAUCUGUUUGUGUUUUUAUUUUGAAACCCAGAGUCACUUCAGAAUGAAGCAUCCAAGUAGGAGACGAGAUUCCUCACUGGAGACUUUUACAGGGAGCUGUUGCUAAACGCUACCUUCUCAUUGGUUUGUAAACUACGCGUGUACAUAAGAGAUCUUGUUUAUUAGACUUGUAAGUAGACAUUUAAAAUGGCCUUAAUUUAAAAAAUAACACGUCUGGAUGCAACUGUCAAAAUUAGGGACCAUCGAGUUGAGAGAAAUCCAGGUUUUGUUCCUUCUGCAAGGGGCGAAGGGCGCUGGGAGCGGGACGGGCUGAGCCAUGGGAAGUGUGCUCCACCUCGGAGCAGGCACAGGCCUGCUAGGACCAACCCUUUGAGAACCAGCGCAGUUACUUCAACACCUCUUGGGUUUUGCCUCCCCAAAAGCCAGGUUCCAGACGGCAUCGUGGAGGAGCUGCACUUCGAGAGGAGUUUUUCUCUCCCUCGCCCAUUAAAAUGUCCAUUUUCCAAUGUGUGUACACACAAGGCUGGUUUUAAAGCAAAGCUGAUCUAUGAGGUUGUGGCACCUUGUGGCUGUGAAAGCGUGGAGUGAAUCCCGGUGCUUUUGGAACAAGUAAUCUGAUUUGGUUUGGAAAACUUAAGAGCUCUGGUUCCAUUUUCAUUGUGCAGGUGGAGCCGUGGGGAAUGGCUGCCCCUUCCCGUCCCGUGAUGGAGGAGAGCAGAAACAGAAAGAUCACUUAGCAAAAAAGAAAUAGAUAUAUAUAAAAAGGAGUAGUAUUUAUAACUUUUUGAGUUAAGUGACGUUGAAGCUGUCUGGUGUCUCAAAGGGUUGCUGUCCAAACUUACCUGCUGAGUGAACCCUGCCCCCUCCCAACACGUGUUUUUAUAGCUAGAGAUAGAAAUAUAUAUUACAAAGCUCCCAAGCUAGACUGUUGCAUUUGCCAAUACAAUGGGGAAAUAACAGGAAUAAACCUUCAGUGCAUCAAAUACUGUGAUUCCCAAGUGGAAAGCCGAGCUUGUGCUGCUUGCAGGGGGCUCUGCCCGCGUACAUACGGUUGUGCCGCGCUUGGCGCCGGCUCGCUACGGCUCCUGCAUGGCAGCGAGCGCCGGCCCUGCAGCCCCUGCUCACAGAGCUGGGGGUUUCCUUUUCAAGAGGGGAAAAGCUUUCCAGAAAGAAGAAAUUGUUCAUUCUUUGUACGUUUUAUGACCUUAUUUUGAAUUGAAUUGAUUUUUGUUUUUCUAAAUAAAAAGAAGUGUGCCUGAGGCCCGGGGGUGAAGCCAGAACGAUGCUCGUGGGCGAACCUGCAGCUAGAGAAGGAGCUGCCCUCCGAGUUUGCCUAAAAUCAGCAUCCCAAAACUUAGAGAAUCCUUUAAACUUCCCUCAAAACCAAGCUCUGGACUGUGCUCGUUUGGUAAAAGCUUGGAUUUCUGUAGAAACACCACUUGAGGCUGGAGGUCCCUCCCGGCAUGAGCACGACGCUGCCCCUGGAAACCCCCUCUGUGCAUGAAGGAAGCGGGAAGCUCCCGUCCCGUUGGGAUUUCGGGAUUCCAACAGCGUUUAUUCCUCUGCGAAGCGGCCCCCCCGUCACUGUGAUGGCAAUGUGAAAGCGCAGGUAGCGUUUGUUCUGUGUCCUUUGUAAAAAAAACAAACAAACCAACCCACAAAAGCCCUUUAAAAAAAAGACAGAAUCAAUUUGUAGUUGUUCCUGUUCUUUGUAUUUUUAGUUGCAUCUUAUUUCUACGGCGCAGUGUAGGCAUGGAUUGCAUGUCGGUUUUCUAUGCGGGCACCAUGACAUUCUAACUGUGUAUUAUAAAUCAUUUUUACCUUUUUAAACAGAAUCAUUGUGUGGAAUUUCUAUACUGCAAACCAAAACACUACAUUACGUACUCAUUUGUGUUAUUUAUUUUACUAUUGGGGGGCGGGGGGUGGUUUUGACUGUGGUGUAUCUCGCCUUAUGUGGGCUUGACCAAUUUUAUCAAAAUAAAGGCCUAAAGGGGUAAAAUAACGUUGGCUGUUUUCUUCAGUGACUUGACUGCGUUGUAGAAGGCGUCAAGGGAAGCAACUCCUUAGCGUAGAGGAUGUGUACAGCAAGAAAAGGCAGCUGUGUGCUGGAGCAACUCCACGUAGCAAGGGGUGAGAAGUGAUUUGAGCCUCAGGUGAGGAGGCGACGCUGGUAACUGCGUAGCGAGGCUGGAGCCCUGCGUCUGAGCCUCCCCACCCGCCUGUACAUGCCCUGAGUCCUUCUGGAGACCCUCGAGAGGGUCGUUCCUUGGCCCAGCCCUGCAGGUCUCUUCUCGCAGGAUCUAAACUCAGACUCUUCCAUGAUUCUGUGGUUCUGAGGUUGCCUGAACUGGGCAGCGCUGAUGUUCUGUAGAUCCCGCUGCUCUGGAGCUGCUCCAGGGUUUCCGCUUCGGUUCUGUCUGAGCACAGGUAAUGAGACCAAGGAGAACAGAGCAAGAGCAGGGGCCUGCCCCCAUUUUCUGUGCCGAUGCAGCUUGGCCAGUGAGGCCCGUGGCAGGGAAGUGUCCCCGGCGUGGGGGUCCUGCUUGUCCCCAGUGGUUUGUGUCCCCGGAGCAGCCGCAGCUCCGUCACUGCUCAGUUUUGAAGGUGUUUUGGGGAGCAGCGUGGUGGUGACGUGCUUUGCACAUCAGUGUGGUCCAAGGGUCCACGUGGCUGGGGGAGGCUGGAGAAGGUGGUGCCAUUGUGGUGGCAGCUUUUCCCCACUCAUCCUGACCCUGGCUGUCUCCUCAAAACCAGCUUGACCUGUUGCUUCAAGGUUAUAACUAAAUGGGAGGCAGGGAAAUGCCUAAACAGCAUUUGGUUUGGUUUAUCUUGGUUCUUUUCACUUUACAUAUUGCCCUUAAGUAGUGACAGGAGCAUGGAGCACACGCUGUGCAUUGAGUAUCUGCUGUAUGUUAUCUGCUUGCUGGAGGCUCGCCGUGGUCGGUGUUGGUGUUCGCUGGGUACGAGGGUCUUGUUCUGUUGGUUGUGUUUCAGUUCAGUGCUUGGUCCAGCUUUAAGGUGAUGCAAUUUGGGACAGAAAACCCACAUGGCAAGAGACCCACACGUCCUUCAUUGCUUCUGCCUUUGCAGGCAGUGUUUCCCUGUGGUGGCUGCUGGUGUGUACAGGCAAGAGCGAUCAUCAGUCACGUUUUCCUGCCGUCCUCCUCUCUCCAGGCUUUUGGAAGCCGGGAUCUACAGGCACACGUUAACGUGGCUUGUUCUGGAGCGUGGACAGGUUGAUGUUCAAUUUAUCACUGGUUCCAGUCUCGUUUGAUUGAGCUCAAAGGUACAAAUAGGAAGUUGAGCCGUUGGUCUGCUCAAUGGCAGCAGUAGUCACCCCUUUCCCAUCGCUGCAGACUGGCAGCUCUGUGCACAGAAGGGACGGCGUUCCCGAGCUGCCAUAGGGGUUCCUCCUCCUCAGUAAGUUGUGUUUUAAUAUCAAUGACAGCUUUUGGGUUAGUCUAGACCUGAGCUUGAGCUUUGCUUUACCUGCAGCAGAAACCCUGAGCUACCAUUGGAGGCAGAAACCUCCCAGGAGGAGCUUCAUCGAGGUUAACAACAGGGCACGUUGGCAUGUCCAUGUUCACGCGGCUUCUGUCGGUCUUAAAACUGUUGGGUUUUAAUGUGUGUUGGAUCAAGUCUUUGUUUCAUAGUGUUUGAAUUCGUUGUGUGUGGUGGAUGGGUCAGAUGAAGCUGACACCGGCGGGUGUUGAACCUGCUGGUGCGUGACAGUUACUGUCUCACAGUGUUAGAUUCUUCUUCUGCUUGAUGUUUUCUGAACCCCGAGAGCUUGGGGGGGCUCUGAUCUCACCCUCAUCUCGCCUCCCGCUUUCCUUAGGCUUUAGGGAAUCCUUCAAUAAAUACAUUGGGAUAAACAGAACUGAGGAUGCAGCAGCCGCCCUCAGCCCUCCCUGCUCUUGUCUUGGAAUUCACCUUCCUCCAGUGCAAGCUGGAUUUGAGCCUCGUAUGAACACUUAACACAGAGAGGAGGUGGCGCUCAGCUCCCGUGUGUCUCAGGAUGAGACAAAGCUGCAAUAGUUGGUGCUUGUGUUGGAGAAGUCUUGGGAGCCAGAGGCCGUGAAGGCUCCCACAGCACUUGUCCUGAAUGGAGCCCGUUGGGAUCCCGCUUUUCCCAUUGUGGAGCACUGAACCCUGCCGGGCUGUCCCAGAGCGGAGCCACUCGCUGCCUGGGGGGCCUCGGAGCUGGGGGGAUCAGUCCAAGACCUGUGUGGGUUCAUCCACCCGUCAGCUCUUCCCUUCCAUGUGCAACAGGAGCUUUUCCCUCUCAAUACGCUUAAAUUGGUGUGACUGAGGAACGGUGAAGGGGAGCGUUGGGUGAGGUUUGUGCUUGUGAGGGCUGGAUGAACUCCGUGUGUGCAGGGCAGGGCUUGGACACGGUGAUGGUCGGAGCUGGAUCCCUUUAAGAGCGAACUCCAAAGGGGUGUCCGGGGAGGCAGCU